AUGGCUUUGAUGUCAAGUUUGUGCAUCUUUGUUUUGGUUACACAUUUUGCCACACCAAUUGUGUGCCAUGAAAGACCUCAUCAAGCUGCCCUUUUUGUGUUCGGUGAUUCGAUUUUCGAUUCUGGAAAUAAUAAGUACAUCAACACCACUGCUGACUUGCGGGGAAGUAAUUACUUUCCUUAUGGAGAAUCAUUCUUUAAGCACCCUACUGGCAGGGCGUCUAAUGGACGCCUGAUUCCUGAUUUUAUCGCUGAAUAUGCUAAUUUGCCAUUUAUUCCGCCGUAUUUUGAAAUUGGGAAGAAACAUUUGGUUCAUGGAGUAAACUUUGCAUCAGGCAGUUCUGGUAUUUUGGCUGAAACUAGUCGUGCCAUUAUUCUAAAAAGUCAGUUGAAAUUAUUCCAAAAUGUGGGAAAACUGUUGCAGAAGAAAGUGGGUGAAACAGAGUCGAAACAGAUCCUCUCCAAUGCUGUAUAUAUUUUUAGCACUGCCAAUAAUGAUUUCCUUUUCCCUUUAUUAGCAAAUUUGACUUCUCCAUAUUCCGAUACAGAAUAUCUACACAUGGUUAUGGGAAAUUUGACUUCUGUUUUAAAGGGAGUUUAUAAACAAGGAGGGAGAAAGUUUGUGAUGUUUAAUUUGGGUCCAUUAGGUUGUCUCCCUUCUAUGAGGGCUCUCAACCUUCAAAAAGGAGUUAAAAAUGGAAGUUGCAUGGAGAAGGCCACAAACAAGGCGAAAAUGUUUAAUUCAGCUCUCCCAAGAAUGUUCAAACAACUAGAGAAGCAAUUGCCUGGAUUUAAGUAUACAAUAUUCAACUUCUUCAAAGUAUUUGCAGAUAGUAUUCAUAAUCCAACAAAAUACGGUUUUAAGAUAUCAGAGACGGCUUGUUGUGGAACGGGUCCAUUUCGAGGGAUUCUUAGUUGUGGAGGGAUGAGGCGGGUAAAAGAGUACAAGUUAUGUGAAAAUGUGAAAGAUUACUUGUUUUUCGAUUCUUUUCAUCCCACUGAGCUGGCCUACCAACAAUACACAAAACUACUGUGGAAUGGAACUCCAGAUGUUGUAGCACCUUACAACCUAGAAUCCUUUUUUAAACUUUCAACAUCAUCAUUAUCAUCAUCUAUUAUUAUAAGUGGAAAGCUCCAAAGUAAAAAAGUUGAAUUACCAUUUUACCUUUAUGCUAAAUCCAAAUGUUAUUAG